CCUGCGCAGUACCGCCCUGACAGGAGGAGGGCAGAGAUGGAGGGCGCUUUGACAGCCCACCAGGCGGUACAGGAAGAAGAUACUGGCUUCAUCAGUGAAUUAUUGGAAGAUGUGGAAGAAAAACUCAGCCCUGUUGUAGAAGAAAAUAGCGUAUCGCCAGUUAAAAAACAGGGGCCUAAUUUACACAAUCCUUGGAGUACUGACUGGAGCUUUUGGAUUUCAAGUUCUACGUACAAAUAUAGAAAUGAAGAAUUCAAAAGACAAUUCACCCAUCUUCCUGAAUCAGAAAGGCUAGUAGUUGAUUAUGCCUGUGCUCUUCAGAAGGACAUUCUGCUUCAGGGACGCCUGUACCUUUCAGAAAACUGGCUCUGUUUCCAUAGCAACAUCUUUAGAUGGGAAACCACAAUUUCCAUUGCUUUGAAGGAUAUAACCUUUAUGACCAAGGAGAAGACGGCUCGACUUAUUCCAAAUGCCAUUCAGAUCAUUACAGAGAGUGAAAAGUUUUUCUUUACGUCCUUUGGUGCCAGAGAUAGAAGUUACCUCAGUAUCUUUAGAUUGUGGCAGAAUGUAUUACUAGACAAGAGCUUGACCAAACAGGAAUUCUGGCACUUGGUCCAGCAGAGCUAUGGCACUGAGCUCGGUCUGAAUGCUGAAGAGAUGGAAAACUUGUCAUUGUCACCUGAGGAUAAUGAGCAGCCAAGAAGUCCAGGAAGAAGCAGCUUUGAUGAAUCUGGAGAAAGAGAUGAAAAAUUAUCCAGAUCGAUCAGUUUUACUCGUGAACCCAUUAGUAGGGUUCCAGAGGCAGAGUCACUUAAUGGAAGUACACCCAAAAUGCAUGACAUAGUUGAUAGAGAACUGACCUUGAAAUCAGGAGGACCUCUGACAUCUGCUGACUCUGUGACCCUGGUCAACAAGGGAUUACGGAAAGAAGAUUCCCUAAGUCCCCAAGAGGACAAGAAGAGCCCUUUACUGAUUCCAGAAAGGAAACUAAAUAGGCCUCCACCCACAGCCCUGGACCUGAACAAGAAUGAAUACCUUUCUCUAGAUAAAAGCAGCACUUCAGAUUCUGUUGAUGAAGUUGAAGAAAAUAUUCCUGAGAGAGACCUUAAUGGAAGACUUUUUCUAAACCGUGUUUUUCAUAUCAGUGCUGAUAGAAUGUUUGAAUUGCUUUUCACCAGUUCACGCUUCAUGCAGAGAUUCGCCAAUUCCAGGAAUAUAAUAGAUGUAGUAUCUACCCCUUGGAAUAUUGAAACAGGUGGUGAUCAACUAAGAACUAUGACAUACACUAUAGUUCUCAACAAUCCACUUACUGGAAAGUUCACUUCAGCCACUGAAAAGCAGACGCUAUAUAAAGAAAGUCAAGAAGCACGAUUUUACUUAGUAGACUCAGAAGUUCUGACACAUGAUGUUCCCUACCAUGAUUAUUUCUACACUUUGAACAGAUACUUCAUCACUCGUUCUUCAAAGCAGCAGUGCAGGCUACGAGUUUCUUCAGAAUUGAAAUAUAGAAAACAACCGUGGGGCCUUGUAAAGACUUUAAUUGAAAAGAACUCUUGGAGCUCAUUGGAAGACUAUUUCAAACAACUUGAAUCAGAUCUGUUAGUGGAGGAAUCUUUGCUAAAGCAGUCCCUUGAAGAUCCUGGAAAACCCAGUGGCUUACGGAGAAGAAGACGAACAUGUAAUCGAAAUAUGGCAGAAAUGCUUCCUAAACACUCUUCUUCACGCCCCCCAGGGACCAUAGGUCUGGACUCCAAGGGAGACAUUAAAGGAAGGAGAAGAGAAACUGAAAACCGUAACAUUGCCAUUGUUGUGGUGAUGAGUGUCUUUUUGCUGUUGCUAGUCUUGUUGAAUGUGACCCUCUUUCUCAAGCUGUCAAAGAUAGAGCAUGCAGCUCAGUCAUUUUACCAUCUCCACGUCCAGGAAGAAAAAUCUGUGAAUUCAGCCUCUGAUGUGGUAUCAAGAGGAGAAAAUAUUCAGAAGAACAAAGAUCAGUCCCAUCGAUUGAAGGGAGUUCUUAGAGACUCUAUAACCAUGCUUGAACAGCUGAAGAACUCCCUCAUUAUGCUCCAGAGAACCUUUGAUCUCCUGAAUAAGAACAAGACUGGUGUUGCUGUUAAGAGCUAACAAUCUCAGGGUCUACAACUCCCAUGGACUGAAACAACAAAUGAAGAGAUUUGGAAACAAUCCAGAGAAGGAGGCUUUCGUUUGUCACAGCAACAUCUGUAGUAGGUUCACCCCUCUUUGAUUUCUUGUAUUUCCAAUGAAAAGGAUAUUUUGAGUAUUUAUUUAAUAAUUAUGGUCACCUAUGACAUUGAGAACAUAUCCUUUUGUUCCUUGCACAUAUUUCUAAGCUGUGAAUUUCUAGGAUAAACAGAUAGAACUACUGUACCAUUGGAUUUCUGUGGUUUAUAUAAAAAAUGCAAAGCACUUUGAAUUGUGGCCCAUUACUUUAAGGGUUGAGUUUUUAGGUUAAAUUCAAAUGUUGUCACCAACUGAAAAGCUCAUGUCAAGUAAUGUGUUUUUUCAUCAGAGAGGUUGCCUGUCUCAUGAAAGCAACAUAAGGAAAAACCUCCUUAUUCUUUGUGUUAAAGGAAAAGUAUAGAUCCUUUUUUGUGAGUCAUUUCUAAGUUUAUUUACCAUAAACAUUUUUUUAUAAUUCUUUCAUCAUUGAAUGUGGAAGUUCAGUAGUUAAAUCCUUUUGGGUUUGAGCCUGAGUAGUAACUUUUCCAAUGAUCCGGUCAGUUCAUUUGAUGUGGCUACUAACUCUAUAAAGGAAUAUUUGUUUUUUUGUAAAAAUGGCUGUCGGGUGACAAGACCAUGGCUCUUUAUGUGAAUAAUGGCAGACUGAGUAAGAAAGUAGAUUAACAGAAAACAAACUGAAGAUUCCUGUUCCGUGUCUUAAAAGCUAGAACACUCUGCUGUUGAAAUCUAGGCAUUUAUUGAUGGAUGGGGAAAAAUAAAGCUAAGUUCUUAGUUCAUUUUUAGCAGAGCAGCCCAACUUGGUGGAAGUGAGCCAACUGAUUGUUAAUGGCAUUACUUUUCAGUGACCAUAUAGGUUGUCUUUUUGUGCAUGUAGAUACUUUGUUUUAGCAGAUAAGAUACAAGCUAGACAGAUCUUUGCUUCUUCAUUUAUACCUUCUGUCUCAAUGUAUGUACACAUUCUUAUACAAGUGUGCUAUCCUUGUGAACAGAAUAAAAACCAAGAGUUUUUUCAGGAGUUACUGUAUUGAAAUAGAAAGCCCUGGGGGCAGAGGAGCUCUGGGUUUUUGCCCUGGAAUGCUAGAAAAACACUGGAUAAGAAUUUUCUUUUGUAAAUUCAUAUUCCAGUUGAUGAGCUGUAGGUUUGAGUUAAAGCUUUCCUGAUUUUCAGUCACAGAAACCCCAUGGGAUUAUUACAGCCUUUCCUUAAGAGGCCAGGAAAGAAGAGAAAUACUGACUGUAGGGAAAAUUAUGGUUGUAGUAUGUCUUCCUUCCCUCUCUACAAGUAGUGUCAGAGGACCUGUAGUGAGGAGUUCCCAGAGGGGGUGCAGGUGAGCCUAUAAACAGCAGUUGCUGAAUUUUAAAAUGAGAACUCAGUGCUUGGUGAUGUUUGUUAUGGGCACAAGGAGGAUAAAUAACAAACUAAACACUGUCUCUGGUGCUUCUUAAACCAUAGGGAUUGUCCUUACAAUAUACCUCAAAGCAAAUGAUCAAACUAAGUUCCUUUAUAAAUUCAGACAAAUGUUUAUGUACAAGUUAUGAAAUUUCUAAGAAAAUUUGAACUUGUUGUGUAAACUGAGUAUCAA